AUGUUGAAAGUUAUCUCCCUUAGAAAGUGUAAGUUAGAGCUAUGUAAAGUAAUCUUUUCUUUUUGUCGGAAACAGACUGGCCCCAUCCGAUUGUUUGUACCAUACAAGAGAAGAAAAAAGGACAGCGACAGUGAUGCUUCCUCUCCAACACGUAUAGAAACCAUUCCUGUGCCAGUCAAUAUAUCCAAAAAGCCAAGGAUGAAUUCCACCAAAUCGCCAGGCCCACCGGUCACACCAGUAUCUUUAGCCAAUGCUAUUACUCUUGGAAAUCAAGUUCCUGUGUCGAUGAAAGACCAUGUAGGUAUGAUGGUAUCGAUUGGCAACAACAUCAACACUCACGCACAGGGGCCACAACCAAUCAAAAUGACAAGUGCUGAUGGGGAAACUGUACAGAUAUUUACAACAGACGCAGCUGGAAAUAUCAUAACUGGAGACGCAGUGGUGAUGACCCCCUUACCUGUAACCCCUAAAGCUCCCCAGGCCACUGUGAUGACCGUGCCCGAUGUAUCUGAACAAAGACAGUGGUGGCAACUCGAGGAGCUUGUGAAUGGAGUACUGAGCCAAGCCCAACAGAUAAAAGGUCUGAUAGAACAAGCCAAGCAACAGAGUCAGAUGUCUCGAGAUGCUGCCAUUCAUCAACUCAAGAUGCAGAUGGACAAAGAAAAACAAGAUGCACUGAAUGCAGCACGAAUUGAGGCCCAGAUGAGCAUACAGCGUGCAGUAAUGGAAGAACGGGCUCAGAAAGAUAUCGCAGUACAGCAGGCACUGGCCACGGCACGGGCAGAGUUACAGGAGAAAUUAGACUCGGUUACUGUGGUGACAUGUGACAAAGUGACAUAUAAUGACUCGUGGACUCACCAAGGAAGCCAGAAUAACAUAGAGAGCAUCAUGGUCACAGAAGUGGAAGACGAUUCUGACAAGGAGAAAGAAUGAGUGGUCUAUUACGUGUUUCACAGAUACUAGUCAGUUGUGUUCAUGAGCCAUCUGGGACGGAUUUGCCGACACAAGGAUCGCACAAUAUUGUAUUGAUUAGGCAUAGAUAUUUGUCUCUACAGAUGUAGUCUAGACAGGCCAUGUAACAUCAACCGACAUUCGGUCUGAAUGAUCCCUUGAUUACAUGUUUCUUUCUAUAGAUAAGACACUCUGUAUGGAUAUGUUAGCACGAUGCCCCCUUUCAAAUUCCCAAAUCAAAUGAGGCUGCUUUAAUUUAAUCAAUUACACAAGUAUUCCUUCAUUUUUGACAUGGAGAAAUCCAAGAUUUCCACUCAAUACACAUAUCUUGUCUGUGUCCUUGAAUAUGCAAUGAUAAAGCCAAAGGAUUUAUGUUACCCACUAGAUAAAUUUACCAAUCUACAUAUGAAAUUAUAAAGGUUAGAAAGGUAUGUUCAGCUACAGAGCCUUUGAUUCCAAGAGUAGAGAAGAUUGGAACUCUUCGAUUUGGAUGUGCUUCAUGGGCAAGUUGCAAUCCACCAUCAUUUCAGCUAGAAUGAUUAUCCGACUUUUCUAGAAAAUAUUGUUCCGACUGGGGUUGACAAUUCUGCAAACCUAAAGCCUCAACCAACUGUUACCCAAAUUGCAGACCAACUGCAACAAUUUGACUAGAGCCUGCGAGUAGUUUUUUCAAAACCUUGGGUCACCAGAUGUUAUAUAAUGUACAGCCGUAGCCAGCAACACCAUCUAACACCAGCAUUGUAUAUAUUUAUCUAGUGGAGACGAGGAAGAGAAGCCAUUUUGUGUGCCUUAGUUUUCAGUCCUACAUAUAUAGCAGCUGCCCCAUAGCUAUAUAUAUAUUGGUUAACACUUAAUAUAGAACUGGCUGUCCAUGCUUUUUAUGAAAAUUUAUAAUAUAUCAUUAUUUAUUGUUGUUAUUAUAAAUAAUUAGUUCGUUUCAUUGUUAUACUCAAUCAAAUUAAAACUAGAUUCUUAUUUAACACGAUUCUGUGGAUCUGGGGAUAAAAAAAACCACUACAGACUUUGACACGUUGUAAUAAGUUAUAACACUCAAAACUGUCAUUGUUGAAAAAACGUGUACAUGUGGGUACUGCAGAAAAAUAUUAUCCCAGUUAUUACAGAGUAGGUGGGAGUUGAUGUAAGAAGACAUCUAAGAUUAUAUCUGUAUUUAAUAUCGGAUAUUUUAACAUGACCUGCAGUCGAAGGUACAUGUAUGUAAUUCAGGGUCGGAAACACAAACCAAUGUACCGGGUAUUACUGUGCAGAUGGAAAUAUUUGCAAGAGAUUUAAUUUUGAUCUUCUUGCGGUCAUUAAAUUAACCAUUGAAAUACACAUCCAGUGAAAAUUUAAUAUAUUAAAUUAAUUUUCACACGCAAAUGUAUGAAAUGUUUCAUUAUGCAGAUUGCUUACAAGGUGGUGUGCUGCAAAGUUUAAUAGCUAGGACUAGUUCUGAUUAGAACAACCGUAAAAUUAAGAAAUGUGAAAUUAAACAACGAUGCAGUAGUCCAUUUCAAACAAGACAUUUAAACUUUUGAUAUUGACGGUACAGUACAAUGAAGUAAGUUUUAAACCAAGCAUAGCUGUUAAUUUUUUUUUUACUCAAUAGCAUUAAAAUACAGUUCAACAAUGUUUAUAUUCUGGCUUCUUAAAAUAAAGCCGUUAAUUUUGAUUUGAUUGGUUGUUUAGGCUAGAAAUUUCUGUUAUUCAUGGUAUAUCAGUACUAACAGAAACUAAGCAUCGUAAAGAAUUGGUAUCAACUUGUCUAAAGAGUGUGACAUCAAGACUUCUAUCGUAUAGAACUGGAUAACCUUGUCCAAGCAAUAUAGGCAGUGUAAUGAUUAUGUUAUAAUUACAACUGAAGAAAAAUUACAGAAAUUACAAAAAUUACAAUGAUAUAUUUUAUUUGAGAUAUAUGUUGUUGAAAAUGUUUGUAAUUUUGAUAUUGUUAUGUUUUUAGGUCACCUGAGACAAAGUCU